AAGAAAGGCAAAGGGCUGGGAGAAAUGCUUUUGAGCUAUGAAAAUGUGACAUCUAGCCUCUUACAGGUGCUCAGGGGGGCUCUGUGGCCAGGGCUUUGCUUGAAGAUGGGACCUUUCAGGUCCGAGUGGUCACACGAAACCCCAGGAAGAAGGCUGCAGAGGAGCUGAAGCAGAAGGGAGCUGAGGUGGUCAAGGGUGACCAGGAUGAUGAGCAGAUGCUGGAGCCAGCUCUGAAGGGAGCAUAUGGAGCCUUUGUUGUGACAAACUACUGGGAGCACUGUAGCAAGGAGAAGGAGGUUGCACAGGGCAAGCUGUUGGCUGAUAUGAUGAAGAGGCUGGCCCUGUGCUACGUGCUGUACAGUGGCUUGGAGAAUGUGAACAAGCUGAUGGAGGGCCGGCUGGAGGUACUUCACUUUGAUGGCAAAGGCGAGGUUGAGGAGUACUUCCGGAUGACUGGUGUCCUCAUGACGAGCGUCCGGCUGCCCUUCUACUUUGAGAACUUCCUCACGGUCUUCUGACCCCAAAAGGCCCAUGAUGGGGAAGACUAUGAGCUGGCUAUCCCCCUGGGAGAGACUCCCAUGACUGGCAUGGCCGUUGCUGAUCUGGGGCCUGUGGUGGUUCACCUGCUGAAGUCUCCAGAGAAGUAUGUAGGCCAGGACCUUGGGCUCUGCACUAGCAAGUUCACUGUGGAAGAGUACGCUGCCACCUUGUCGAGACAUACUGGGAAGGCUGUGAAAGACACCAGGGUGGGAAGUGCUUGGUUUUAUUCUUUCUGCAGGAAGGAACAGGGACCUGGGCCAUCAAAUUCACCUGAGGAGAUCUCAGCUGAGGAUUAUGAGAAGCUUGGCUUCCCUGGGGCCCAGGAGCUGGCUAACAUGUUCCAGUUCUACGCUAUGAAUCCAGAUCGCAAUAUGGAGCUGACCCUGAAGCUUAACCCUAAGGCCCAAACAUUUGAUCAGUGGCUGGAAGACAACAAAGUCAACUUCAAAACUCUCUGAGCCUCUGUGCAACAGAAACUAGUGAGUAUCCCAGAAAAGCACAAUUACUGUUAAGCAAGUCUGCAUUUUCAGCACAACUUUCAAAAUAAAAGGAUUUGUUUCUGUAAUUCGGUGAAAAACUGGAGCUACAAUAGCCCA